AUGGCUUUCAGACAGCAGGUCCUGAGUUUGACUGAGGAGGUAAUCUGUCCCAUUUGUCCGGAUUUCUUCACCGAUCCGGUUUCACUGGAGUGUGAACACAACUUCUGCCGCUCCUGUAUCAACCAGAGCUGGGAAAAGCAGGAGAUAAACUCCUGCCCGGAAUGUAGACAGGAGUUUCCGGACAGAUCCCUCAGAGGAAACCGGGCCUUAGCGAAUCUGGCCGAGAAAGCUCGAACAUUAAAUCUGAAUCCACAAGAGAAGGAAAGUAAACAUCACUGUGAGGAACAUCAGGAAGAACUGAAGCUGUUUUGUGAAACUGACAAGAAAUUGGUCUGUGUGAUUUGUAGAGAUUCCCGGGAACACAGGGAGCACCGCUUCAUCCCGGUGCUCAUCAAAGAAGCUGUUGGAAUCUACAAGGAUCGGGUGAAAUCUUCCUGGGAUUCUCUCACAGAUAAAAAAUCAGCAGCUCUAGAAAUGGAGAGGGAGCAGAAACAGAAGAUUUCCCAAAUUCAGGAGGAAUCCAGCAGCCUGCAAACUCACAUCAAAUCUGAGUUCACUAAAAUGCACCAGAUGCUGACUGAGAAAGAGCAGAGUUUACUCCGAGAUCUCAGGAAACAAGAGGAAAACAUUCUCAAACCAAUGGAGCAAAAUCUUUGUGAAAUUCAAAAGAAUUUAAAUUCUCUUCAGCAGAAACUCUCAAAAUUGGAAAAACAAUUGGAACAAACAGACGGAGUGAUAUUUCUGAAGGAGGAAGUAUCUCGGAAGAGAAGGAACAGUGACGACAGUUGUGUACUCUCACUAACAGAUGGUACCAUCUCCACUGAAACAGUCUGCAGCCUCUUCCUUUUUCUUGUAUGGAAAGAAAUGCAGGAAGCCACUCACCCUGGUAAAGCUCAGAUAAGUUCCUCUUUUGGCCUGAUUUAUAUUGUAUAAUUUGUAUUUUUGUUCAUGCAAAUAUCCA